AUCCGACUGGCAGGGAAAUGGCAUUCGCCCUUCGGGCUGUGAAUUCCAAUAUCAGUGAUAAGAUUAGCAGUCCUCGCAAAAACUGUGCCCAAAGUCAAUUCAAGUUUAUCGACAAUUUCAAUAAUGUCCAGUACGAAAGAGAGCAUUGCAAUGCACGGACGCGGCGCCGCAGUAUGGUAGGGUACGUGAGUGGCGCUUCACUGGUAUUUGCUUUGUGCUUGCAGCAGGUAUUUGCCGCCAACAUAUUAGCCGUAAUUUCAUUUACUUCUCCGUCGUCUUUUAUACUCUUGACGCCAUACGUAAAGGCGCUUGUCCUCAAAGGCCAUGAGGUAACUAUCAUUUCAGCUGGAAGUCAACAUGUGGCGGACUUUGAUGGCGUUCAUCAUAUACGGGUCAAUGCCUUAAAUCACUUAAUAGAAGAUUUCAGAGAAUCUUGCAUGGACUUAAAAUUUCCCAUGCAGAAGUGGGAAGAGGCCUCGUUCGUCGCAAACUUUUUCUACAAUUCGUCCUUCCAUGUUCUAAAUGACCCCGGAGUCCAGUCAUUGCUUCAGGACAAGAGUGCACAAUUCGACAUGGUCAUUGUAGAAACAACCUUUACAGAUGCUUUAUAUGGCUUUGCCCAGCACUUUAACGCCCCACUGGUGGGACUAUCGAUCUGUGGGGCCUCUUGGAACAUUAACUAUCUGGCGGGAAAUAAGGCCAUUAGCGUAUACGAGCCAAUUGUAUCAAGUGGCUAUUCCACUGGUUUCAGUGUGCUUAAUAAGAUUAAAAACUGGAUAUACAUUACAGAGGAGUGGCUACUGGAGCAAAUGAUAUACCUGCCUAAGCAAUUGGCGCUGUACAAGCGGUUUUUCAAUGAAUCUGCCGAAAGUCUGCAUAAUAUUCGGCAAAAUUUUGCUUUGAUACUGAUCAACCAGCACUUCAGUCUGGGGCGAGCCAGAUCAAAUGUUCCAAAUGUCAUUGAGGUGGCGGGAAUGCACUUGGAACAGCCGAUCACAGAGCUCGAUCAGGAGCUGCAACAAUUUAUGGACGAGGCCGAACAUGGAGUCAUCGUCUUCUCGAUGGGAACGGCAAUAACUGGCAAGUGGUUCCCUGAUAAGCUCAUCGAAAUGAUGCUGCAAAGCUUUGAUCAGCUACCACAGCGCAUUGUCUUAAAAUUUGAUCAGCCGUUGCCCAUCAAAUCGCAUAAAAUUUACCUAAGAUCGACACUGCCACAGCGUGCGUUGUUGGCCCAUCCGAAGGUCAAAUUGUUUAUCACCCACGGUGGUAUUUUGAGUAUAAUUGAGGCUGCCUAUUCUAGUGUGCCGAUGCUGUGUAUGCCGCUGUAUUACGAUCAGCUCGGCAACUCAAAGCUUAUGGAGCAAUCAGGAUUGGCUCAAAUUCUCGACUUUUCCACCAUGACAGUUGAGUCCAUUACGAAUUCAAUCAAGGAGAUUAUCGAAAAUCCUCUUUAUAAGCAAAAUGCGCAGCAAAUAUCAACAAGGCUUCGGGACUUGCCUAUGAGUCCGCUGGAGAACGCCGUCUGGUGGACUGAAUAUGUUCUCCGUCACAAAGGCGCACCACAUAUGCGCAUUUCGAUGGAAGAUAUGUCCCUCAUACAAUACUAUAAUCUGGACUUUAUAUCCGUAUUAAUUCUCCGGUCUGGAGUUGCAUUAUUAAUUAUUUUCUGUGUGAGCCUUAAGUUGGUAAUUUUUCUGUUGCAACGCUCACAAUUUCGGUUGACUGUUCCGAUUCUCUAUUGAGGAGUGCUUAUCGAAUGAAUGAGCUGAAAAAAGAAUGAUACAGAGAAAGAAAGAGAAAGAGAGAGGGAGAGAGAAGUUGGCUUAGUUGUAGGUAUAAAGCAUUAAGAGAGAGGGGAGCUUACGUUUUAAUGAUUUGUAAUAACUAAAUAAUUUAUAAAUGGAGCAUAA